AUGAAAACAACAACAACAACCCAUUCAACGCCUGCCUUUCUCAGAUCGAAUGCACGUUCCAAUUCGUCCUUAUCAUCGAAAACAUCCUUGUCUGGAUCGCCACGAUCGCCUCAAAAUAAUUCGAACAUGUUUUUGACAACUCCCAAAACGAAUUCGAGACAUUCGACGCGUUCAGUUUCGUCGUCUUCAAGGUCCAUGACUUGUUCUUCGGAGAUGUCCUCUCCUCCUUCUCCUCCUCCGACAAUUACAUUGACUAUUACUCCCAGUAGUAGUAGUGGUCCACAAGAUUCAUCAUCCAACUCCUCCUCAUCGAUUAAUUCAAAAAAGAUAAGAAAAUUGAACAGCUGA